UUAUUGUACUUGGCUGUGUUAUUUCGGCUCGAAACAUAUCAACUUAAUGGGGAAAAGUAUUAAUUAAAGAGUCAAGUUCAACAUUUUUGUCCUGAAAUGUGCAAAUUGUGAAACCAGGCAUGAACUAGUUUGCUUAUUAUUAAAUUUGAACAGGACUCCUCAUCAGUAAUCACUGCUGCUACUAUUAGUUACACUAAUACCUUCUGCCAAAUCCUCACCAGCUAAUGAACCACUGAGUAGGAUUUCUGAUGCAGAGUAAAACCCACUCACUGCCCCAACCUUUUCAACACGUCUUUUCCCGGUCCUGAGACGACAGAGAUGAUUUCGUUUUGUUCUGGCUAAAGGCAGAAAAGGGGGGCAAAGGAGAGGAGACAGAAGCUAAUGCAUGCUGGAAUUGAUUGAUUUCAUUUAAGUCUUCAUUCGACUCCCUGCAACAGCGAGAAAGUAGGCCAUGGAUAUUGGUGGUUUGGAGACGGUAGUGGCAAACUCUGCCUACGUGUCCGCCCGUGGCAGCGUGGAUGGAGCUGCAGCAGUCGCCAUGCGUGACAAGAAGAUGCGCGCCAGGCUGAAACUCCCACACAUCAGAGAUUGUGAACACAUGAAGACGAGUGUAGACUCGGACUUUGACAGCAUGUGUGUCAAACAACCCAUCGGCAAGCGCCUCUUCCAGCAGUUUCUGGAGAGCGAUGCAACCCAUAAAAAUGCUGGAGAGCUGUGGAAAGACAUCGAAGACUACACCAUAUCCCAAGAGAAGGACAGAACGCAGAAGGCCCAGAAGAUGGUCAACAAGUACUAUGAGUCGGCCUCAAAGGGUUUUUGCAGCUUCCUCGAAGAGAAGGCCAUCACUCGAGUUAAAGAAGACUUCAAGAAUGUUCCUGGCGAGCUGUUUAAAGAGAGCGAGCAGCAGCUGCUCAAACAUCUGGAAAAGAAGGCCAAAGAUGGCUUCAAGAACAGCAUGCAAUUCCUGCGUUAUGUUCAGUUCAAAUGGUUGGAAAGCCAGCAUGUUGAUGAGGAGUGGUUCACGGAUUUCAGGGUCCUGGGCAAAGGGGGUUUUGGGGAAGUGUUUGCUUGCCAGGCUAAGGCGACAGGCAAAAUGUAUGCCAACAAGAAACUGGAGAAAAAGAGGCUUAAGAAACGCAAAGGCUACCAGGGCGCGAUCGUGGAGAAGCGCAUCCUUGCAAAAGUUCACAGUCGCUUCAUCGUGACACUGGCUUACGCUUUCCAGACCAAGACUGACCUCUGCCUAGUUAUGACCAUCAUGAAUGGCGGAGACCUCAGGUAUCAUAUGUAUAAUGUGGAUGAGAAAAAUCCCGGCUUCAAUGAGACCAGAGCAUGUUUCUACACGGCUCAGAUCAUCUGUGGGGUGGAGCAUCUUCACCAGCACAGAAUCAUCUACAGAGACUUGAAACCAGAGAACGUACUGCUGGAUGAUGCAGGACACGUCCGUCUGUCAGAUUUGGGUCUGGCUGUUGAACUCCCACCAGGAAAAGACAAAACAACUGGAUAUGCUGGGACUCCAGGUUUCAUGGCGCCGGAGCUGCUCCAGAAGAAGGAGUACGACUACUCUGUGGACUAUUUUACGCUGGGAGUCACCCUGUAUGAGAUGAUUGCUGCCAAAGGGCCCUUUAGAGUGAGAGGAGAGAAGGUUGAGAAUGAAGAGGUCGCUCGCAGGAUUACCAAUGAUCCAGCCUCGUACACAGAUAAAUUCAGCAACAAAUGCAAGGAUAUUUGUGAAGGCCUGUUGCAUAAGGACCCAGCCAAACGUCUUGGGUUCAAAAAUAAUGAGUGCACAGAGCUCAAGAAUCAGCCCUUUUUCAGUGAGAUUAACUGGGGUCGCCUUGAAGCAGGCAUGCUACCUCCACCAUUUGUCCCCGAUCCCAAGAUGGUCUACGCCAAAGACAUCGACGAUGUAGGAGUCUUCAGCUCAAUCAAGGGCGUGGUCAUAGACAACAAGGAUACUGAGUUCUACAAUGACUUUGCUUCAGGUAACAUCCCAAUCCCCUGGCAAGAGGAGAUGAUUGAGACUGGUGUGUUUGGAGAGCUGAAUAUCUGGGGAGAGAGCGGCAAGCUGCCCAAUGAUCUAGAUCCAAACUAUGUGGAAGCCAAGGGUGGAGGAUGUGUUCUGCUUUAAGUUAAGAGUAACAGAUAUCAACAGAGCAGAGAAAGGGAUCUAAAUUGAAACUCAAUAAAUGUAAUAUAUGCUCAUUUGGUGCCACUUACAACAAAAGAAAUAUAAUCUCAUGAGUUGGGAACUUGCAUUUGUUACCU